AUGGUUGUUGCUCACCGUUAUUCGGUGCGUGAUUUCCGUUUGCUUUGUAGGCUGGGUGGAGCUGGAUAUCGUGUUCUUGCAAGGCUAGACCAUAGGCGCCCGAGGCGGUAUUCCCAUCUUGUGGUUAUGGGGCUAAAAUUGUUCUCUCCUUCUUACCCGCUUGAUUUCUGGUUGGGUAAGGGACGACCACUCAGUCCAGAAGCUCAUGGGCGUUUGUGGUUAAACUACCUUAAAUGGUAUCACCUUACCGCACUUUCCCCUUGGGUUACCCUCGAGGAACUGUUUAGCGGUCCGGUUGUCUCGCACUCCUGGAGGAUGGUCGCGGUGGACGAAGACCUCGUUCGCUUCUCUCUGGAAGUUGUUUAUAGAAGUGCGCUUUUCAAGUUCAUUAAUCAGGCUGUGAAGUGA